AUGGCAGAAUGCAUGUCGGAUGAGCUGCAGUCACGAAUGUCCGCAUACGUGAAUGGAGAGGUGGACGUUGCCGCUCUUGUUGAAGACUCGCAGCAGAAAGCACGUCUGAUGGAGGAGUGCGAGCAGCUGAAGAGCCGACUCUCGCAGGCAAAUGAACGAGUCCAAGAGGUGGAGGCAAAAUGGAUCACGGACAAGGCGGCGCUGGAUCGGAGGUUGUUGGAUCUUGUACGAGAGCGUGAAAGGAUGCAGAAAGAUUAUGAAGUCCAAGAGGGAACGUGGAAAAAGACGAUCAGUGAAAAAGAUCGUCAGGCCGAUAACACCGUCCAGGACUUGAGCAAAAUCAGGCAACUGGAACGCACUCAGAAAACGAUAGCA